GAAGUUAAGUAGCUACAUACUUCACCAGGACUCGAACAAAAUGGAAAUUACAUUUUCUUCUCUGUCGUUUUAACAAAUCACGGCGUCUGCAACAUUUUACAGACCGACACCGAAUGUCACACGACAAUGAAUAGAAGUGAGAGAUAACAGCACACGCGUUUCCAAACAUGAACAUCGAAGUGGAAAUUAUCGAGUUCAAGGUACCCUACGAAAACAACAAAACCAUUUUUGUUUGGGGCAUCCAGCCUACGUUUACUGAGGCCUUUAUUUACGAGUCUGUUUGGAAGGCGUUCUCUGCGUUUGGACCUCUGUACCUGCUCAAGGUGUGUCCAAACGCAGCCGUAGCGGAACCAGGGUUCUACGCGCUGAUCAAGUACUUCUCUGCUGCUCAGGCCUCGCAGGCCCAGAGAGCCAUGGAAGGAAGAGGCCUGUUCCAGACCACGCCACUGAGAGUCAGGGUGAGCACCAAGAAGCUGCCCUCCUUCCUGUCUGACCCCUCGUCCCAUAGGCCCCUGAGCCACAGCCGGUGUCAGGACCUGGCCAACCACUACCUGGGCUUCAACGGCUGGUGCACACGAAUCAUCACGGUGAAGGACCUGUCCAGUGAUGUAGAUCAGCUGGGUGCCCCAGCCCCAGCCCCAGGCCCUGCCCCAGCCCCAGGCCCAGAGGCGUCUCCCCAGGAGAGGAGUCUCCGCUACGGCUGCAUGGUGGAGCUCUCCUUCCCCAAACACCAGCUGAGCUGCUGGGGGGUGGGCAUCGCUGAGGAGACCUUCCUCGUCUCCAGCCCAGAGGUGGCCCUCCUGAAGAGAGGGAAGCUACAGAGGUGGGCCAGAGACAAGGCUGUCGUCCAGGCCUUUGAGAAGGUGCUCCUGCUGACGCUGGGUAACGGGAAAGUGGUGGUUGAGGUGAGGGUGGACAGAGACGAGGUUCUACCAGAGGAACACCUGGAGGGACUCAUCCAGGUUAACAACAUGCCUUGGAGCCAAUUGAACCCGGAGGAAGAGGAGGAAGAGUGGGAUCUCACUGUCAACAUGUGACCCUUAGAGCAACAUUUCCAGAGGAGAAAAAGGAGGAGAGGAGAGGGGAGGAGGAGUAAGGAGUCCUUUCAGUAUCAGCCGCUCUACCCACCUGUACAGCUGCCCAACCUGUAACACGUUCCCCUUGUGAUUCCACUAUAGUGAUGUGUUAAGUCUUAGUGCUUCCCAAGUUAAGCAUGAGUUACCACUGUUCCUACUAAGUUUAUCAUUUGUUUUACCAGUAAUACGAAGUUACGUUUCUGUGUCACUACGGUUGUGCCUUGUGGUGAGUUCCCCCCAGUGCCAGGGGAUUAACAUGGCUCACCAGCUGUCUGCCAUCAAGCUGGGGCAAAUCAUUUUCUCAGUGUUGAAUUCCACUCCUCCUUCCUCUUUGUCUCUCUCUUUCUCUCUCCCUCUUGCUUUCUCUUCCCCUCUCUCUCUUUCCCUCUCUCUCUUUGAUCUCUCUCGCAUCAGUUUUUCCUUCAGUUUGCCACCACCUGCACUAUCUGGUGCCACUCUGUCCUGUCUUGUCUGGGAGAGUGCAACAGAAAGCCCGGAGGCCUCGAUUCAUAUUUUCUUAUUUACUCACUUGGCAAGAGGUAAAUGGCUUCUAGAGUGUUUGUGGGGUGAGGUGGUUUUGUUUGGCUGCAAAAAAGGAAACAUUGAUCCUGUUCUCAAAGAUGCAGACAAUCAAAUAACAAAAGUUUAGCUGAGACUAGUCUGAGUGAGUGAUAAUGUGUCAUGUUAAUUAAAGGCUCUUGAAAGCGUC